CUUUUUGCAUUUUGGCGUAUCCUCAUUACCCACAUGCAGCAUUUGCAGUAACAAUGUCUGCUAGAUCUAAAAAGCAAAAACCAGCGGAAACUGAGAGGCAAGACGGCAGUCCACAGUCGGUCUCAAGUGUCUCCAAGACAGUGACCGUUGAGCGCAGUCGCGUCUCCUCAUCCGGCACUCCGCGCCAAAGUUUCUCCCGUGGUGAACGCUCUCACAGCCCUUUAAACAUCAGUCGCAGUGAGGAGAAAGAUGAAUUGGCUCAUCUCAACGAUCGUCUCGCUGGGUACAUCGAUUAUGUACGUAAAUUGGAAUUGGACAAAGAACGCCUCACACGUCGUAUUCACUCGGUCACAGAAGAGCGUAUGAGCAAAGUUGAAGAGGCCCGAAAGACCUAUGAAGAUGAGAUCCAUGCUUUGCGAAAUCUGGUGGAUGAUCUGGCUAAACAAAAGACAAAAACUGAGUUGGACGCUAAACAGGCCAAGGAUGAUGCGAAUGAUGCUAAAUCAAAGCUCAGCAAACGAGAUCAAGAAAUCCGGACGCUUCAUCGACGUAUUGAAGGUUUGGAGAAGGAUUUAGCUAAUUACAAGCAAGAUCACGAUCGUUACCAGCCCCUCUUGAAUGAUUUUCAUGCUCUAGAAAAGCGCUUUGAACAAGCGCAACGGGAUUUGGAAGCUGAAACGCUUCUGCGCACGGAUUUGGAAAACAAGGUAUUGGGUCUUAAGGAGCAACUUGAUUUCCGAUCGCGACUGUUUGAGGAGGAGCGCGAGAAGCUUGUGCAGCGAACAAUGUAUAUUGAGGAAGAAGUGGAAGGUCGCAAGAAAGCUGAAUACGAAAGCAGGCUUGCCGAAGAACUGCAGUCUAUUCGCGAUCAAACAGCCACGGAGUUGGAGGAGUACAAAUAUCAGAUGGAAGAGACUUUUGAGAACCGCUUGGGCAAAUUAAAGUCCGCAGCGGAUCACAACGCCGAUGACAUUGUGCGCCAACGUUCCGAACUGAUCACCACUCGCAAACGAGCCGACGAUCUCGCGCACGAGUUGGCUCAAAAGGUUUCUGAAAUAACUCUGCUGCAAAAUCGUGUAGACGAGUUACAAAGGCAGUUGGAUAAAGAACGCCAGGAUCACGAAGAGCAACUGUAUUUUCAGAGGCAAGAGGUCCGUCGCUUGAAAGAUGAGCUGGAGGAGAGUUUCCGCGAGUUUACUGAGUUGAUGAAUACGAAAAUCGCCUUGGAUCAGGAGAUUUUGAUGUACCGCAAACUUUUGGAGGGUGAAGAGUCACGACUCAAUAUCCAAACACAAUCGCGCGAUUCUCCGUUCAAUAUCCAGCCAACAAAACGCCGACGCCUGGAAGAUGGUACUGAAAAUGAUGAGGGUGGUCUGACAGGGUCCGGCUUCAUCUCCUCUAAAGCGCGCUACGCGUAUCGCGUUUCCUCCACGUCUUCGGGGCCGGUGGAAUUCUUCAAGGAGCAAGACACUCAAGGGAAGUGGGUGAAACUCAACAAUACAUCCACGGAUGAGGUGUCCUUGGGCGGGUGGGAACUCGUCCAUGAGGCAGGCGGACAAGAAACUCGCUUUAAGUUCCACCGGGCUCUCACAAUAAAGCCUGGAACUACAUGCACGGUACGUUCGUCGUGUUUCUUUCUCUGCUUUUCCUCCAACUGUAAAUUGUUACUGUGCGAUAUAUUGCCCGACUUGUUUUCUUCUCCUUCAGUCUCUGGUCUAGUGUUGAGCUUUCGUUACAAUCUUAUAAUUGUCUUUUGUUGCACAACUCUAAUUCACUCCUCAGUGCGCUUCCAAUACCCCGUGCUUUGCUGAUUUUGAGUAGUUCUAGAUCUGAGUCAGUUUGUUGGACACAUCAUCGACUUUUCCGGACACCUUAUCACCACCGACGCCGCCUCUUAUUCCCCGUUCUUUGUUCGCUUUCGCUUUGCCACUCAACCAUCCAUUCUUCGUUCAGCACAGCAGUUUCUAACCUUUGGAUAUUUUUCGGACCAGUUCGCUCUCACUAGAAGUGAUGAUACUGUAGACCACCUUUCUUCUUUGUCUGCUCAGUUCAUGGUCCUUGCUUUCUGGAUUUUGGGCACAGUGAUGGGAUAUUAGAGCACGUUUGCUCUCUAGCGAAUAGAUCCAAUUUAUUAUGGUGACAAUGACUGUGUCUUUCCACUUUGGCUCAUCUGCGCACGUUAGUGAUAACCCUGGGCGUUAUACCAACCAUGUUGUGUAUCGCACUUCUCGGUGUGAAAUCUACGCGACCUUUCUUGUGCAUGUAACUCAAAACUGUAGGAAGCAUGGCCCGACGCUAUCAUCUGUGUCGUUGUCCGUGAGACUGAGGUUGCUCACGAAGUAAAGCAUCGCAUGUCCGCCGACAGUACCUCGUCUUCACACGCUGUUCAACUAAUCGCAUCAUUGUUACUGCGUUCAUGCCACCAUGAAUAACUCCCAUUCUUCUCUAUCUCUGAUUAAUGCCACUUCCCCGAAUCGUGAUUUUACAACAAUAAAACGCUUCGGGAUAUUCGUCAUUUUCCGACUCGGGUUUGUGGAAGAGAAUUACGCCGCACCACUUGGCGCAAGCAUCUUUUUGUUAUCAUGCCUCUGGAACGAAUUUCCUCCAUCUGGUUAAACAUGCGGAGUAAGUUCAGCAGGUGGCUCGAUAUCACGCACGACUUUCUCUCGGCGAAUAUAACUGUGGACUAUAAGGAACCGGGUUGUUUGACCCUCCGCAUUUUACUCACUACCUAGGUUUGAGCUGGUGUCAUUUUAUCGAUUAUUGUAUCCCUGAAUGCGUAUUAUUUAAUUACUGGCCUGGAUCCCUCACGGGUGCAGUAGCUCGUUAAACCGAGAAAUAAACCCUUUUUAUAUAUCUUAUUCUAUCGACGUUCUACCACGCCUGUUUUGCCUAUUCCAUUAGUGAUUCGGGGUCUUUAGGCUGUCUUGCAGAGAAUCCAUUAGAAUGACUAUCCUGAAACAUAAGCACCGUAUCAACCGCCGUGAUUUUUGUCAAUGGUUCUUGUUCUUAUUUCCCCUACCCCUUAGAUUUGGAGCGGAGAUAGCGAUGUCACACACAAUCCUCCGUCCGAUGUGGUCAUGAAAAACAAAUCAUUCCACGCGGGUCCCGAGGCCACAAUGUCUUUACUGGAUGCUGAUGGAACGGAGCAGGCUAAGUGCACAGUGAAGCGGGAACGCGUUCGACCCAGCGGAGUUAGUUUUGGUCGUCGAGCCGGUUAUCGGACAGGAAAUGAUGAAAAAUGCAUGUUGAUGUAAUUGGACACCGUUCGCUCCCAGCAUCGCCGAACUCCUUAACCGUAUGUACGGUCCUUCAACUGCUACUUCGCAGUCCCCAUUUUUAUUCGGUAAUCAUCUCUUUGGCCGGUGCAUACACAUCUAUUUCCACGACUAUUUUUCCCUUCCUAUUGUUUUUCUAAUGUACUACCACCAUGCGUCGUGUGGAACUACUUUUGCUCACAAUGCGCCGUGGCACUGUCGUCCCACAUUUUGUGACCGAUCGUUCGAUGCACUGUAACAAUUUGUCUGUGCGCAUGUUGCGCGUCCUUCACGCAGUAUACACCCUGUAAGUUGGCGUGCUUUUUCACACCUUCCUAUUUGUGCGCAUCGUGUUUAUGCCAUAUCCGCAUCCCUCUCUUCCACUUGUGUUGUUCUCCUUGUUUCCCUUCAAGCCCCUGGACUGUAGGCAUUCGACAACUUAUCCGUAUACUCUGUUGCGCAACCUUACCACAUCGCUUUGUUCUCUGCAUUUGCCGUUUACGCAUUCUUCCUAGCGUGUAUUCCAUCUCUCUCUCUAUAUAUAGAUACUAAUUGAUAUGUG